AUGUCUGGUUGGGUUCGAUGUAACUCUUGCUGUUCCAAGCCCGAAAACCCCGAAACCUGCAAGCUUUGUAAGAAUCCCUGCAAAUCGAUUAUGCUAACAUCUCAGAUGAAACCUGAAGUUGAAGAGUAUUUUAUGGACAUUCCUACACUCUUGAAUCGACAGCAAAAAAAGUUAUUACAGGUGUACGAAUUUCAGCGUAGCCAUUGGAAAACGUUCGUUUCUCUUCACGAUAAACAAGAAUCUUCUCUGGAGAAACUCCAAAAGAGGCUACCUAAUUUGAUGGAAUUAGAAAGAGAAAUCCUUAAGCUUCGGGAAGAAAAUAAUUAUCUAAAAAGGCUGCUAUCAGAAGGACAAACGUUUAGUCCUGGAACAAACAAAGUACCAUCGCCUGGGAUAUCUUUACGAAGAGGAGGUAACUCCAGUUCGCCCUACGGUCGAGUGGUAACAACCACUCCUCAACAAGAUGCAUCAAAACGUUGGCAGUCACAGCUGCCGCGCACUCCAGCUGGUCCAUCAAGGUUGACUGUACGCACACCUCCUUCAAAUGGAAUGAUAGGAAGUAUUUCACGCCGUACUCCUUCACCACUCUCUCAACGCCCAGUAUCGACAGGCAACACACCUGGAUCAAUAAUAAGAAUGGCAUGUAGCCCCGGACAACCAGAGCCCAUCACACCGACUAUGUAUAAAGCAGCAGGAGCACAAAAUUUUUCACCAAUGGCUGUAAACUUACCCAUGUCACCAUCAACCACAACAAAAAUUGGAUCAUGGACCUCUUCACAAUCGCAAAUAUCAUCUAGUCAUGGUCACCACACACCUGGAAUGAGCACAUCAGGUGGAGAGACAGUAACGACGCAUUCUAGUCAACUAGAUCCCGCACGACGUCAAAUUCAGGAUACAAAGAAGCACGAACGAGUUAGUAAAGCAGUAAGGUCACCCUAUCUUCACGUAGACGGUGGCUUUUUGCUUGUCAUCAUUAACAUUGUUCUUUCAAAUGUACUGCUCUUUUAA